GUUUGAAGUAGACUCUGGGGCCUCCAGUCCGCAGGAGAAACGGCGCAACCUGCAGUUGCAGUACACGACGAACGCGAGGCGGAUAAAGUACUCGCCCUACAAGUUCAAAGCCCGCAAAGACUGGGAGUUUGAGGACCAGGACGCGGAGUACGAUUGGGACUUUGAUGGGAACGACUUCCAGAAAAAGUUCCACGAGCGCUCGUGGCACUACAGCCGGCGGAUUUUGGAAAGGAACGGCGAAGACAUCUACGGUGGGGGGACCAACGUGAACAGCUGGGUGCACCGCCCCAUCGAGGAGGAUAUCCAGGAAAAAACACCCAUCCCCAUCUAUUUUUUGCAUGACAAAAAAAGGAAUUUAUGCAUGUUUUGCAUGACAAAUUGGAUGGGAGUGGGUGUUUUUUCCUGGAUAGAGGAGACGCGGGACUUUCUCAAAAGGGACUACGACCUGUUUAUGGCACCAGAUAAUUCACAUUCAACAAAUAGUGCUAGAAAUAACGCAGCUGGCGGAAUAACCGCACUUGGUCAACAGCAGGAUGACCCAGAUGACGAAUUUGACCGUCCGUCCUCGGGAACGCUAUGAAAGUGCACCACUUGUUCAACUCCCGCACCCCCUUUUUGUCGUUUGUCAUGCAAGAUGAAGAUCCCAAAUAUGAAUAUCCGAAUCAUGGUGCCCUAUGGCAGAACUUGCAUGAGAAAUUCCGGGAGCCGAUGAAACAGUACUACAUUCGGCGCCACAAGAACUUGAACUUGUCAUGCGCUGUCUCCACAGGUGCCGGCGGUUGCAGUUUCUGUUCGUGCUCUAGUAGUAUAAUUGACGCCGGGGCGGACGCGGAGGGGGAGUUGUAGAAGUUGUGCAUUCUCAUAAACGCAAUCAGAGGACGAAGAAGACGAGCAGGAUCUAGUGGCGAAAAAGUUGCAAGAACAGAGGAG